AUGAUAUCUAAAAUAAUUAUAAAAUAAUUCUCUAAAUCAACCUUCACCCCUUUUUUCUAAUUUUCAUCCACUCCUUUAGAAUACUUAAAACUUGAAAAAUACGACACAAAAGUCGCAUUAAUAACAUUCAACCGUCCUAAACAAUUAAAUGCACUUUGUGACGGUUUAAUAAAUGAACUAAACACCACAUUAAAAAAUUUAGAUGAAGAUUCUUAAAUAAACGCCAUUGUAAUCACUGGAAAUGAAAAAGCAUUCGCAGCAGGUGCUGAUAUAAAAGAAAUGAAAGACAAAUCUUAUCCUUUAACUUAUAAAAUUAAUAUGUUAUCACAUUGGGAUAAUAUCACAAAUAUUAAAAAACCUAUAAUUGCAGCAGUUAAUGGAUAUGCAUUAGGUGGAGGAUGUGAAUUAGCAAUGAUGUGUGAUAUUAUAAUAGCUGGAAAAUCGGCUAAAUUUGGAUAACCAGAAGUUGUUAUUGGAACAAUUCCUGGAUGUGGAGGAACUAUUAGGCUUACAAAAGCUAUGGGAAAAUCUAAGGCUAUGGAAUAUAUUCUUACAGGAAAUUAAUGGGAUGCUUAAACUGCAGAAUAGCAUGGACUUGUUUCUAGAGUUGUAGAACCAUCAGAAACUGUGAAUGAAGCUUUAAAACUAGCAGCUUAGAUUUCUAGUUUCUCCUCACCUAUUGUUUAAAUGGCUAAGGAAUGUGUUAAUUAAUCGUAUAAUUUAACUCUUAGAGAUGGUGUUUAGUUUGAAAAGAAAGUUUUCCAUGCUACAUUUGCAACUGAAGAUAGAAAAGAAGGAAUGAGUGCUUUUGUGGAAAAAAGAAAACCUAAUUGGAAAAAUAAUUGAUUUUUAUGUUUUAUAUUUUUUUAUUUUUUUAGAAUGUGUAUGUUAGUAAAAAUUUUUGAUU